AUGGCUACCACCACGACAGUGACCAAGCGCGGAGGCGCCGUGGCCUCAAUUUGUAGCAAGCUGCCCGAGGGUGAGAGUCGGUUUCCCGAUAUCAACACCAUCCGGGCUGCCAUUCCCAAGCACUGCUUUGAGCCAUCCGUGGCCAUCUCCAUGGGCUAUCUGGUGCGCGAUGUUGUCAUGAUUGGAGCUCUUGGCUGGGCUGCCAUCACGUACAUUCCCACCAUUCCUGAUUCCACUCUCCGGGCCAUUGCCUGGAUUGUCUAUGGCUUCGUUCAGGGCCUGGUCUGCACUGGUCUUUGGAUCCUGGGACACGAGGCCGGACACGGCGCCUUUUCCAAGCACGGCUGGCUCAACCACGUUGUCGGCUUCUUCUCCCACUCUGCUCUGCUGGUGCCGUACUACUCUUGGAAGUUUUCUCACCACCGCCACCACAUGUUCACCGGCCACAUGGAGAAGGACAUGGCCUUUGUUCCGAGGACCAAGGCGGACUAUCUCAAGCGUGCAAUGGCUUCGCUUGAGAUGCUCGAGGAUACGCCCGCCUACCAGUUCGUCACGCUGAUGUUUCAUCAGCUCUUUGCCUGGCAGGUUUACCUCACGUUCAACAUCUCAGCCGGCAGAGGUAGUCUUCAGAAGAGCGCAAACACCAUGUUCGGCAAGAGCCACUUCUCGCCAAACAGCGCCGUAUUCCGCCGUAGCGAGGCUCCUUGGAUUGCGCUGUCCGAUGUCGGCCUCGGCUUGACCUUUUUCGCCCUGUACAAGCUCGCUGGCGUCGUGGGAACGAGCACCGUGCUGCUGGCUUAUGCCCAGCCUUACUUCUGGGUUCACCACUGGCUGAUCGCCAUCACCUAUCUCCACCACACCCACAUGGAGGUGCCUCACUACCAGGCCGAGAACUGGACCUUUGUCAAGGGUGCCCUGGCCACUGUCGACAGAGAGUUUGGCUUUGUUGGCCGCCACCUGUUCCACUGCAUCAUUGAGCACCACGUUGUUCACCAUCUUUUCCCUCGCAUUCCCUUUUACUAUGCUGGAGAGGCCACUGAGGCUAUCAAGCCUAUGCUCGGCGAUUUGUACCACCGCGACGAGCGAUCCUUCAUUGGACAGCUCUGGACCAACUUCACCAAGUGCAAGUACGUGGUUGCCGAUGAGUCGGCGCCUGGAGCUCUCAAGUGGGCGCAAUGA